AUGAACUAUUCGAUCUUGAAAGACAGCGUGUUGCGGAGAAAGCUCCGUGAUCUCGGCAUCCCCGACUGGGGUGCACGGCAGCUGUUGCAGAGGCGUCACACCGAGUGGAUGAACCUGUGGAAUGCGAACUGUGACUCCAAAAACCCAAAAUUGAAGCGAGACUUGCUGCAGGAAUUGGAUGUAUGGGAGCGGACUCAAGGAGGGCACGCGGCGGCGCCUUCGCUGUUCGUGGCGAACAACCCGGUGAUGCGCAAGGAUUUCAAUGCUGCCGACUGGAGUGCCUCUCACGAUGGCGAUUUCAAGCGCCUGAUUGCGAAUGCACGGAAACGGACCGAUGCCGCUGUCAGGUCAACGAUCCCAGGAGCCUCUGCUGUCCAAGAAGAAUCUCCAUCGGAACAGCCUGCCACAACCUCAACUGCCAAGGACGUGGAUGUCUCUUCGCAGGAACCCAUCCAGCCGCUACCAGUCUAUGGCGCUCUUGAAUUCAACCCGCACGCCAAUCCAUCAAACCCACCCCGAUGA